CUACAUGUCUUUGGUGAAAAUAACCCAUAUUAGGAUGUAUUUUUUAGUUUGUAGGAAAGUUAUAGAGUUUACAAACUAUGGUAUAGAUCUGAAUAUUGAUCAAUCCUGAAGUACUGACAGCCAAUCUAAUUUCUUGAGGUCCAAGAAUGUCAGAACAGUACAGAUAUCCCCCAAAUGACCCCUUUUUGCAAAAUAGACAGUCCGACGUACUUCAUAAGAGGCAUUACGAGUUUUUUGAAGUUGUAUUUUUUUUGUCAUAAUUUUUCGGAAAAUGAAAAAUAUUUUUUUUUUUACAUAUUGUCACCA